CCCAGCGCUCUUCCACCAGCGUCACCGUGUUUUGAUGCCGGGGGAGGGAGGGACGUCUGCGGGCCCGAGUGAGUGCGUGUGUGAGGGGGAGCCAGACAAGACACCCGGGGGGGGGGGACCGAGCAUCGAUUCAUGCGAGGAAGCCACGCCGCGAAACAGCCGUUUUUGGUUGCCCUCAAAGCAGCUGCGGCCCGGGCCCGGGCCCCAGUCCGCGGUCUAGAGUUUGACAGCUGGGUGCAGACACGCAGGCUCUCCGGCGUGCAAAGGACCGGCCGCACCAUGGGAGACAGCAGAGAUUCUCAGAGUCCGGACAGUUCGUCUGUAUCGUCCCCCCCGUCCGGCCAGCGCUCGCCUCAGCUGGUUCCAUCAGGAGCAGCCUCCAUGACCUCCCUGCCUCCCAUCACCAGCGCUGGCGUCAAUAGCCCCAUCAGUAGCAUCGGCUCCCCCUUUUCGGUCAUCAGCUCCUCGCUGGGCUCCCCUUGCCUGCCCGGCACGCCGUCAGUCGGCUAUGGGCCCAUCAGCAGCCCGCAAAUAAAUUCAACGGUGUCCAUGUCAGGACUUCACGCGGUGAGCAGUUCCGAUGACGUCAAACCUCCACUGGGCUUGAAGCAGCUGUCGUCGCAAAGCCCGGGACCGAUGCUGUCCCAAAAACGCCUUUGCGCCAUCUGUGGAGACCGAUCCUCUGGAAAGCACUACGGUGUUCACAGCUGUGAGGGCUGCAAAGGUUUCUUCAAGCGGACGGUGCGUAAAGACCUGACCUACACAUGCCGGGACAAUAAAGACUGCAUGGUGGACAAGAGGCAGAGGAACCGCUGCCAGUACUGCCGCUACCAGAAGUGCCUGGCCAUGGGCAUGAAGAGAGAAGUGGCUAAGAUGAACAGCAGAUCCGUUCAAGAGGAGCGUCAGAGGAACCGGGAGCGCGAAGGCGAGGUUGAGUCCACCAGCGGCGUCAACGAGGAGAUGCCAGUAGAAAAGAUAUUGGGGGCUGAGGUGGCUGUGGAGCAGAAAACGGAGCUUCACGCCGACGGAAGCUCUGGAGGGAGCUCUCCCAACGAUCCUGUCACAAAUAUCUGUCAGGCUGCAGACAAGCAGCUCUUCACACUGGUGGAGUGGGCCAAGAGGAUCCCCCACUUCUCCGAAUUGCCCCUCGAUGACCAGGUUAUCUUGCUCCGUGCAGGUUGGAACGAGCUCCUGAUUGCGUCCUUCUCCCAUCGCUCCAUCUCCGUGAAGGAUGGGAUCUUACUGGCCACAGGCCUUCACGUGCACAGGAACAGUGCUCACAGCGCUGGAGUGGGAGCCAUUUUUGACAGGGCGCACAAUGCUGAGGUUGGGGCCAUAUUUGACAGGGUUUUGACCGAGCUGGUGAGCAAGAUGAGAGACAUGCAGAUGGACAAAACUGAGCUGGGCUGCCUUCGGGCUAUUAUCCUCUUCAAUCCAGAUGCCAAGGGUCUGUCCAACUCCAGUGAGGUGGAGUUGCUGAGAGAAAGGGUAUAUGCAUCUCUUGAGACUUACUGCAAGCAGAAGUACCCGGACCAGCAGGGCAGGUUUGCAAAGCUCCUCCUUCGUCUGCCAGCCCUGCGUUCCAUUGGCUUGAAGUGCCUGGAGCACCUGUUCUUCUUUAAGCUGAUUGGCGACACGCCCAUCGACACUUUCCUAAUGGAGAUGCUGGAGGUACCUCACCAGCUCACCUAGGCCAAGCCGGGUUCUGGUCAGGAUCUGAUUGCACACCAGGAUUAUCCACACGUCGCCUUCAUUCAGGCUUGUUGGGCUUCACUUAACUAAAUUGCGACACCUGCUGGGCUUAAAGUGCCAGCUCUGACACUUGUACACAAAACACACCAAUUGGUUCAGUCACCGAACCCACGCUAUUACACAAAGAUCUAACUUGCAGAGGCGACACAAUUUAACGCCGACUAUAUUGUACACAGUGCAUACCUUUACAGUAUAUUAGCACAUCCAUAUGCAUAUACAUGGAGUAUAUACGUAUAAAAGAGUGUGAAUAUGCACAUGUAUGAGGACGAAACAUAUUGAUCAUAAGUUAGCCUUCAUCUCAGGAGUGACUUUUUUGCUAAUGUGUUACUGUCACACUAACUAAUUUCUGUUGACGCCUCUGUAUGUUAGAUCCACUUUUACUGAUGCUUUUUAACUUUCAAUCAGGUGCAUAGCAUUUCAAUCAACUACGCACUAUCAAACCAGCACGUCUGCAGUUGUCACCAGUUCCAAUCAAACCUAUUCUUCUCUUUUUGAUUGUUAUGCUGCAACGUUUUUCAGUUUCUAUCCUGAAGUACUGUACUCAUGAAAUGAGAGCUUUUUCCAAGGCAUUGAAAUCCAGGAAGGUCUGGGAGUACGUUGAACAGUAACAUAGUCCCUCCACAUCCUCCUGAUGCGGACAGAGGGCUUCGUAUGGCAAGAAGAAUGACUUGAAUUUUUGUUUUGUUUACUCUUGAUUUGAUCCCCUUUUUCUACUCUGGCAAUUUAAACAGCUCGAGGAAGCACAUCGGUUGGGUUUCUCUUUUUGUCGGCCUGAAAUCUUCCUUUGCUUGUGGUCAUUUGUGCACUUUGCUGGGUUGUAAAGGUUUCCUCUGAAUGACCAUCAUCUCGGAGAACAGGUACUACCUGUAAGCUUUCUCAUUGUUGCUUGAAUAUCGAGUCAGAUCAAAUCCCUGUUAAUGGGUUUGUUAAACACCCGUUUAUUAGGUACACCAAACUACACUUGAAUUUGGCCGACACUGCUGACGUUGCAACGGGAUGCAGUGAAAUGAGCUUGGUGUACUUAAUCACCUGGCAAUAAAAUGCAAGAAAGACUCUUAUACCCAGAGUCGACAACAGAGUAUGUGAUUGGAAAAAAGACCCUAGUAUUACUUUGGCAGUGUUGCAAUAUUGUAUUAGUCUCACCUGGAGUGCAAUACACGAGGACAACACUGGUGGUGCACUGACUCAUGCAACAAAGUACCAGGGUUUGCAUCCCAAAGUUUAAGACGUGAAUUAGUACGUCGCCAACUACCUGACACUUUGACGACCUGUUGUUUUGUACAUGACACAUGUAUAUAUUAGGAAAACCUAUCACAACCUGCUCACGUCUCAACACGUGGCUCAAACACACACAUUUGGAAAUUCAAAUUUGUUGCCGCUGAUCAGUAAGCGGAUUCACGACUAUGGCCAAACUCUGCAGCCUUUGCACCACCGUUCUUGAUUGGAUGUCAUCAACAGCGGCACUUGACAUUAACUGUGAUUGAAGUACUUUGAUCACGAUGCCUAAGCUAUGACCUGAACCAGUGCUCAGCCAUACUGGUAUGGAUUUGUUGUUAGUGUUUUUUUUUUUUUUUUUGUCUAGUUGUCUUUUAGAAGUUUCCACAGUGAAUAGAAUUGAUCAUAGUGUCAUUCAACAGGGAAGAGGUGCAGAUGUCCUCGACCGGGUGCUAAAUAUCUAACAGGUUUUUGUUUCAUUUUAGACUUGCACAUCCACAGCAAUGCAAUUCACAGUAUGCAAGAGAAAAUCAAACAAUGAUGUUCUUCUCUGCAAAUUGGUUCUCUGCGUCCUCACAGACUCCAGACUUGAGUUUGUGUGCAGACAGUCGAAGUAGCUAUGAGGUAAGCACGAGAUUCCUGCCCUGCAGAUAAUCUAGAUGUGUCCUCUGAGAGAGGAUCUUUGCCCCUCUUCCUUUUUUUUUGCCUGUAUGACUUGUAUGACUGCAGUUAAAUAACCUGUGAGACAGGUGCAUGUUUUUGAAAAAAGACUGAUUUUUUUUCUUCACUCAGGCAAACCUUAGCAGAAACAAUGGUGUUGAGGCUGCGUUGUGACGAGGGCACUUUAAAGGAUUUUGGAAGCGCUUGGCUGAGUUUCCAGGAGAUGAGCAAAUUUUUAGAAACUGCCGUGCACGUUUGCGUGAACAAUUUUAUUUUUGGCUUGAUUGAUGGCUCUACUGUUCUUCCUUCUAGAAGCUUGCUAUGCUACUGUCAAUCAUGUUUCUGUCUGGGAAUGACUGCGAUCACACACACGCCGCGAGGCCCUCUCGAUGACCUCAACGCAAAUGCCAAAAUUCACAAUGACGUGUCAAAUAUAUUCACCGUGGACCAUGUGACUGCAGCGACGCUUAUGACGAGUUAGGCACACCACACUAUCACUGGUCUUUUACAGAAGUGUGCCCCAUCGCUGCAUCCAACAGCAAUGCAUUGAUGUUCUGUCGGAGGACGCUCAAAAGCGAAGAUCGCUGUGUGGGUGAAGUUGAGAUGUUUCAGUUCUUCCAUCGAGUCUUGCAGGUUGGCCAAAGUUGUGUACUUGUACACACAGUUGCUGUGAUAAAAUGUGAGAAUGAUUGGGAUCCAGGCUGGAAGCGAGAAUCCUAUUGCUUUAUAACACAACCCUCCCCUCCAUCUUUUUUUAUUUAACCGUCUUGGUAAAUGCUUGUGAGAAGAAAAGGCUCUUCAUCAGAAGUGUGUGACCCAAUCCUGUGAUUUUUGUUCGAAAAGGAUGUGAUGCUUUCUGGGGGACGAGCAUUUGGGCUUACUUUACUUGACGCCGCCGCGCUGCCAACAUGCGUUAGUUAUUGCAACUUUAUUGGAGUGGGAGUUGUUGCCGCCAUAUUUGUUACAUUUCUGUUUGAGAGGAAGUAUUAAAAAUGGAUUGCAGGCUGUGAUUAGAUAUCACGUUUGCGUUGAAUAUGCCAGCCCUUGGCCGGAGACGGCCAACCUGUUGGGGAUGUGACCUGAUGUAUGGGUCGUCUGGUGCGGCCAAAGUAAGAAUAGAAUGGCAGCUAAUGGUCUUAAGAAAGAAGGACCGGUGUUUGGACCACUCAAGGUGCUAAACCUGAGUGUUGGUGAUCCACUUGUAUUGUCCAAAAGUAGACAACUGGACGGAUUGGUCGCUCUGUUUUAGGACGUUUGAGCCGGCUACUAUGGAGGACUUUUAAAGAUCUAGUUGAGGAAGGAAAAAACAUCCCUGUAGAGCUAGAACCUUCCUUAUAUUUGUUUACUCUUGAACUAAACAAAAUUUGCCCUUUUUUGUCUUCUUUCCUGACUCCUUUCCCGUGCUCCCCAACCUGUUGUUAUUUACAAAGUAUUAAACAAAUACAUAAACUGUAAGAUGUGUAUGGAAUGUGUCACUCUUAUGUUUGAUUUCGCUCAUGUUUGUUCAUUGCCCUGUGUGUAUCUUGCUGCAUCGUACGCGUGAAGCCGAUCGACUAUUGUGUGCUUUGGAGAUCGAAGGAAGAAAAUGAAUCAUGUUUUUUUCAGUCCUUAAUUUUGAACCUUGUUUGUCGUAUUAUGUCUGAGUAAAGCUUUUAAUACUGUACACAAA